UUUGAAACGCAAGAAGGAAUUGCAUGUGGUUUGUUUUAGUAAAAGUAUUUGUUAAAUUUGAUAUGUCAGUGUGUAUAGUUUUUAUUUAAUGAAUUGUGCUAAGUGAGAACCGAAUUUUAUAAAAUUCAGUAUAUUUAACAAAUCUAUUUGAAUCAUUUUGUUUCACGCAACUUGGAGUGUUUAUUUUGUAAAAUAGUGAACAUGGUUCGAAAGAAGAUAGAUAACCGAAUUCGAGUGCUUAUAGAAAAUGGUGUGGUGCUUGGUCAUCGAUCGAUGUUUGUAAUCGUUGGCGAUAAAGGUAGAGAUCAGGUUGUUAUUAUUCAUCACAUGUUGUCUAAGGCAACAGUUCGAACAAGGCCAUCUGUUUUAUGGUGUUACAAAAAAGAACUUGGUUUCAGCACACACAGAAAGAAACGAAUGAAAAAACUUCAGAAGAAAAUAAAAAGUGGAAAGAUAGAUGUGAAAGAAGAUGAUCCAUUUGAACUUUUUAUAGCAGCCACUAAUAUUAGAUGGAGUUAUUAUGGUGAAACUCACAAGAUUUUGGGCAACACCUAUGGAAUGCUGGUACUUCAGGACUUUGAAGCAAUAACUCCAAACUUACUGGCUAGAACUAUAGAAACAGUAGAAGGUGGUGGUGUUGUUGUGGUUCUUCUUCAGAGUGUCACCUCAUUAAAACAACUCUUUACUAUGUCCAUGGAUGUCCAUGCUCGUUUCAGGACUGAAGCUCACCAGAAUGUUGUUGGACGAUUCAAUGAGCGAUUCAUGUUGUCCUUAGCAUCAAAUAAAAGAUGUCUUGUUGUGGAUGACCAAUUAAACAUUCUACCAUUGUCAUCACAUGUGCUGAGCAUAACCCCUGUUCCUCCCAGAACAAAGGAAGAAACACUGUCUCCUGAAGAUCAGGAACUUCAGAAUCUAAAAGAAUCACUUCAAGACACUCAGCCUGUUGGUGUGCUAGUCAACUGUUGCCGUACUCUUGACCAAGCAAAAGCUGUGUUGAAAUUUGUUGAUAUUAUAUCAGAAAAAACUUUGCACAGCACUGUGGCAAUGACAGCUGCAAGAGGAAGAGGAAAAUCAGCUGCCCUUGGUCUAGCAAUUGCAGCUUCAGUUGCUUUUAGCUAUUCCAACAUUUUUGUCACCUCACCAAGCCCUGAGAAUCUGAAGACUCUCUUUGAGUUUAUUUUAAAAGGCUUUGAUGUUUUGGAGUAUCAGGAACAUAUAGACUAUGAGCUGAUUCAGUCCACAAAUCCAGAUUUUAACAAGGCUGUAGUGAGAGUGAACAUCUUCCGAGAACACCGCCAGACCAUUCAAUACAUUCACCCAUCAGAUGCCAACAAACUGGGGCAGGCUGAGUUGGUUAUUAUUGACGAAGCAGCUGCCAUUCCUUUACCUCUUGUGAAAAAGCUUCUUGGCCCUUACCUUGUCUUCAUGGCAUCCACAAUAAAUGGCUAUGAAGGAACAGGAAGAUCCUUAUCUCUGAAACUAAUGCAGCAACUACGUAGUCAGUCUGUUAUCCAGAGUGGUAAAGGAACUAGCACAACUAAUGCCACAAACACUACUAGUGUUUCUACUGGUCGUAUACUCCAUGAAAUAACACUGAACGAGUCAAUCAGAUACAAAAAUGGGGAUGGUGUAGAACAAUGGCUAAAUGAAUUGCUUUGUUUAGAUGCAACAGUUGUCAAGUAUUUGAACUCUGGCUGUCCUGUUCCUCAGUCUUGUCAGUUAUAUUAUAUCAAUCGAGACACAUUGUUUAGUUACCAUAAAGCAUCAGAAGCUUUCCUUCAGCGAAUCAUGGCGCUUUAUGUUGCUUCUCAUUACAAAAAUUCACCAAAUGACCUUCAGAUGUUGUCAGAUGCCCCAGCACAUCAUCUAUUCUGCCUUCUACCACCGGUAGAUCCAAACACACGAUCAUUACCAGACGUUUUGUGUGUUCUGCAGGUGUGUUUGGAAGGAGAGAUUUCUAAAUCAACAAUCAUAAACAGUUUAUCUAGAGGUAUGCGAGCCUCAGGAGACCUUAUACCAUGGACUGUGUCACAACAGUUUCAAGACAGUGAAUUUCCAAGUUUAUCAGGUGUCCGAAUCGUCAGGAUAGCCACACAUCCAGACUACCAACAGAUGGGUUACGGAAGUCGUGCCCUUCAGCUCUUGCAGGAUUAUUAUGAAGGUCAUAACGUGAUUCUCAGCAGUGAGAAUGCUGCUUUGAAAAAUGACAGUGAAAUAAAUCAAAUUACUACUAUAAAUGAGGAAUCUGUAUCUUUACUUGAGGAAAAUGUUUUACCAAAGAAGUCACUCCCACCACUUUUAUUGAAACUUGGUGAACGUCCUCCUGAAAGAUUGGAUUAUAUUGGUGUCUCUUUUGGUUUGACUGCUGAACUAUUGAGAUUCUGGAGAAAAAACAAGUUUGUUCCUGUCUAUUUACGACAAACUGCGAAUGACUUGACUGGUGAACAUUCAUGCAUUAUGUUGAAGAUGUUGGGAGAUGAGUCAGAAAAUACUCUUGAUAACUCCAACUGGUUACAUUCUUAUUGGUUUGACUUCCGACGACGUUUCUUGUCAUUGCUCGGGUACCAGUUCAGCAAAUUUUUCUCUUCCUUUGCACUCAGCAUUUUACAGAAUAAAUUCCAGAAUAAACAAAGCCAAACAGUGUUGACCAGACAAGAAUUGGAGACAUUCAUGAAUGUUUAUGAUCUGAAGCGUCUGGAGCUCUAUUCACAGAAUCUAGUGGAUUAUCACUUGAUCAUGGAUUUGUUGCCAAUUGUUUCUAAGCUGUAUUUCUUAGAGAAACUAGGGGACGUUCACCUCUCACCAGCACAGUCGGCAAUUCUGCUAGCUUUAGGUUUGCAGUAUAAGAGUGUUGAUACCAUAGCCCAAGAACUUGAUCUUCCAACAACACAGAUUUUAGGUUUAUUUAACCGAGCUGUAAGAAGAAUAAGCCAGUUCUUGAGCAGCAUAAUGGAAAAGUCAGUGGAAGAGACUUUAUUGUCUUCCAAAGAUAUUGUUUUAAAUCCUGUUACUCAAUCCAUCGAUCAAGAACUGGAAGAAGCAGCAAAAGAAAUUUGUGCAAAACAAGAACAAGAAAAAAGAAAGUUGAAGCAUGUGAAUUUUUCACAAUACUCAAUCAAAGGUUCUGAACAUGAAUGGCAGAAAGCACUGCAGAGUUCUUCAAAAACAUUAGUUUCUAUCAAAAGUAUAAUCAAGAAGCCAGAAGAAGAGUCAAAGGAGCCACCAAUGAAAAAAUUGAAGAAGAAUAAGAAAUUUAAAGAAUAAGGCUUACAUCCUGUUAUUUCUGGGCCUCUUUCAAGUGGUUUAUACUUGUAUGUGUAAAUACUAAAUGAAAAUUAAAAUAUCUACCUUGUUGUUUA